AUCCCUGAAGGGAUCUUGCAGGCGUACGCAUUGGGUCUGCACAGAUGAAGCUCGUCGCUAUAGAGCGGGAGGGCUCGGAAGCUGAUACACGGGUUCUGUCCGCAAUCCCGGAGAUCAUAGAGAGAUCAAUGUCUUAUACUCCAGGCAGAGAUCCUAACAAAGGCACAGCUGAUGCCAGCAGUUAUGCAGUUACUGAUGUUACAGCUGACUCAAUCACCCAACGCCACAUCAGUUUUCCGAGUGAGUGUCGGGAAGGUCCAACAUGUCAAAUGGAUAAAGAAGAAGAAAGCGUCAUUGACCAUAUCUUCAACCUCAGCAAGGAGCACAGAAAGGAGAUUCAGGAAAUGGGGAGACAACUCCGCCUAGAGCAGAAGAGGAACGCAAAGCUCCGGAAGGAGCUGAAUCACUACCGACUUGAAUGCAAUAACUAUAAAGUGAGUUGGAUGAUGGACCAGGCGGAGUUGGAGGACCUCCAGGCCAAGCUGCAUGGGAUGGAUAACUACCCAGACGAGAUUAAAAACACCGAGGCUCAAAUGAAGGGCAUUGAAGACGAAAACAAGAAACUUAGGAAAUCUCUCUCGCAAGUUCAUUGCGAUAACAAAGCUUUGAGGAAACUCAUGAAUAUGACGGACAUGCAAAUCCAUAUGGAGAAACCUCGAGUGGAUGAGGAAAUGGGAGGGACAUUUGUCCCUAGAUUGCCGUCUUGUUGUGUUGGGGGCCGCAGAGGGGCUGGGAGACGACGUCAACACACAAGGAAGCUUCGUGGUGUCCUUACCACAGUGCUACCCCCCGUCAGUGAGAACAACAAGAUUGUAGGCUCGCCACAGCAGACGACACCGUCUUUGGCUCGUCGGGCGUCAAUGGGGAACAUCUGCCCCCGUACCAUUCGCAGGGACACGUCAAGCCGACGACAGCCACAGAGCGGUGUCCCUUUAUCAUCAGCAAUGUCUUCUGAAAGUGUUCCUCGUGGCCGUGUUCGGCAUCGAAGUUCUUGGAAAUAAUUUUUAUAUUUGCACAAAACAAGGUUGUAUCAAACGUGUUCUUAACUCUACAUAGUUUUAUUUGUAAUGUCUAUAGUUUGUCAGCAUAAAAGGUAUCUGCUGUACCUUAAUUAUCUUUGCUGCAUUAUUUUUAUGAAUGUCAGAUGAACUUGUAUUUGAAUAAUAAUGGGUGGUGCUAUUGAAAACAGUAGAUCUUUAUCAUGUUAUAUGAAGUAUUGUAAACUUAUUUCAAAUAGGAUUUGACUGUAGUAGUGUAAUUGUUUAAAUUUAAUGUUACCAAAUACGCAA